UGUCACGGCUCCCACAGCUAUUGAUAUUAGUCUGUAUCAUCUUUGAACCUGCCCCUUCCACAUAAACAUUUGUAGAUUUUGUAAAUUAAGAUUGUACUAUUUAUUUCCAAACUUCAAAUUAUAAAACAGUCAAAAGUUAUAAAUCGUAAACAAUAUUCUUGAUUAUAUAUUUUGUUUAAACGUGGAGGUAGAGUGGCUAACAAACUUAUAAUAGUAGUUUACUCUACUCUAUAAUUUGUACAAUAUUCCUUUUUAUGAUUUGCCAACUAAUUAGACAAUAACUAUUGCGUCUACUUAUUAUAGUCGACUCAUAAAUAUGAAAAAAAAAAUAGGCAACUAAUCUCUUGUAGAAACCAAUUUAUGACUCUCCUACAGAAAAUUCUAUAAAUAUCCACUAUAACCCCCAUAAUUUAUCUCCACCCUACUCAAAGAAUAUAAACACACUACUACUUCCUGAGAUUUUGUUUCAGAGUUUUUCUGGUACACAAACAAAUGGCUCCAAGAACCUCUCUUGCACUCUUCCUUUUCCUUAACCUCCUCUUCUUCACUUACACUUCUGCUCAAGGCACUUGUCCUAGAAAUGCCCUUCAGAUCGGUGCUUGCACUAAUGUGCUCAAUGCAAUUGACUUAACAUUAGGAAACCCACCGCCACCAGUACCGCCGUGCUGCUCGCUCAUUGCAGGCUUGGCUGACCUUGAGGCUGCAGUCUGUCUCUGUACCGCGCUCGACGUUAACGUUCUUGGCAUCAACGUUCACCUUCCCAUCGAUAUCAGUGUACUUUUCAAUGCUUGUAGCAGAUUUUCUCCACCAAGUUUCCAAUGCCCGUAAGUUGAAUACGUAUGAGAUAUCUGAAGACAUACCGAAAAAAUAAAGGUUGAACGUGUUGCCUGUCGUCUUUUGCUUUUUAACUGGUGAUUUCUUUUGUAUUUGUAACUUCCUUCGAUUGAAUAAAAUGAUGAGUGUAAUUCUCAUGCAAUAAUGAGUUUGUGUGUGUAAUCGCCAUGUUCGUUGCCCUUUUACUUCAUUGUUCUUCCUUACCUUCGUUUGUAAAACGUUUCGUUCGAAUUUGAUUAAUAAAAGCUUCAAUCGGUGUUGUUGUCUA